AUCGAGUUGUUAACUUAACUAACCUCCCCUGUAGUUAUUCUAGUUUCAAUUUAUGGAGGGUACUUCUAAGCUUCUGUCUGUUUUCAUAUUUGGGCUUGUGUUCCUUAGUCCUCUAGCAAGUUGUCAACUUUAUUAUAAUUUCUACGACACAAGUUGUCCAAACCUGACUGGAAUUGUUCGAUACAAUGUCCGGUCAGCUAUGUCCAAAGACUCAAGGAUUGCUGCUUCUCUCUUGCGCCUUCAUUUUCAUGAUUGUUUCGCCAAUGGGUGUGAUGCGUCUGUGCUACUUGACGAUACGAGCACUCUAAAGGGGGAGAAAAAUGCACUGCCAAAUAAAAAUUCAAUUAGGGGAUUUGAGGUCAUUGACACAAUCAAGGCUGCGUUGGAGAAGGCUUGUCCAUCCACAGUGUCAUGUGCUGAUUUACUUGCUCUAGCAGCAAGAGAAGCUGUUUAUCUUAGCAAAGGCCCAUUUUGGGCUGUACCACUUGGUCGUAGAGAUGGUACAACAGCAAGUGAGAGUGAGGCAAAUAACUUGCCAUCACCCUUUGAACCUCUAGAAAACAUCACCGCCAAGUUUGUAUCAAAGGGUCUUGAAAAGAAGGAUGUGGCAGUGCUCUCAGGUGCCCACACCUUUGGCUUUGCUCAAUGCUUCACAUUCAAGCCAAGGCUCUUCGACUUUGGUGGCUCUGGAAAAUCUGAUCCAACACUUGAUGCUUCACUUCUACAAGGUUUGCUAAAACUGUGCCCAAAUCAAGCUGAUUCUGACACCAAUUUAGCUCCCUUAGACCCCGUCACUACCAACACAUUUGAUAACAUGUAUUACAAAAAUCUUGUCAACAAUUCGGCGUUGCUUCAGUCAGACCAAGCUCUUUUGGGUGACAACAUAACUGCUUCAUUGAUCAUCAACUAUAGCAAGUGGCCUCUUCUCUUCUUCAAAGACUUUGCCGUGUCAAUAGAGAAAAUGGGUCGCAUUGGUGUGCUCACAGGACAACAGGGACAAAUAAGGACAAAUUGUAGGGCGGUUAAUUAGAUAUAUCUAUUUGCAUUUGCUCUUGUAAACCUUUGCAAACUUGUAUUUUAUAAAUGUAUAAUAAAAUAAUAUUUU